CAAGAAAUAAUCUUGUUUUUAUCUGAAUUCCUUAAUUUUAAAAUUCAUAAUUUUCCAUUUAUAGGACACAAAACACAAAAUAUUUAAUAAAAUUUCCAUCCAACUAGACAUAAGAGAUUGAAAGAUGCAUAAUUUUUUUAAAACAAAAAAACAAAUUCAAUAAUGGCAGCCAGUGAUAAAUAUUCAUAUUCUGGGUAGGUGAGUCCAGAACAAAAUGAUUUUAUGGACUCUCAACUGCCUUCUGAAGCAGGCAGGCAGCUUAGAAUUUAAAACUGACCUUCAUCUUCAACAAUGGCUGGCAGCUGCAGCUGCAGCUCUAGCAGACGCCGCCAUGCACUGCAAACCUUCCAUAUCUGGCUUUCCUGUCGGAUAUUAUUAUUAUAAAUCAACAACUUGGGAUAAUUUACCUUUUUUCUAAACCAACGUCCUGUAAAUUAGAUCAAUGCAAGACUUUCCACAAUCCCCAGUUUGAUGACAGCGACUGCUGACCCAGAAAACGCCAGCGCCAUUAAAGAACACCCCAAGGUUUCCAUUAAAUACAUCAAGAGAAGGCUUCCUUCCUUCAUCUUCCAUUGGAGGAGCUCAACACAGAACAUCGAAACCCUUUUGAGGAUUUCAGAUUUGCAGGGUGGAGAGAUGAAUGUCAAUGAAUCUAGCUUGAAGGAUGAAGAAGGAAGUGGUGGCAGAAUCAGAGCAGAAAAACCACCAACAUUACAGAAUCUGCAACUAAAACAAGUUUCUAAUUCUUUCAACAAUAUGGUCGUUGACCAGAGGAGUUUCCCUUCAUCUGGGAGAAAAAUUCGACAGCCAGAGAAUCAGAGAAAACCCAGAAUUUCACUUCCCAAGCCGGUCGUUAUAUCUUCUUCCAUUACUAAGCCAGUCAGUGAGCUGGAUUCUGCAGCAACUAAGCUACAAAAGGUCUAUAAGAGUUACAGAACCAGACGGAACCUGGCAGAUUGUGCAGUAGUGGUUGAGGAGCUAUGGUGGAAAGCUUUGGACUUUGCAGCUCUCAAGGUAAGCUCUGUGUCAUUUUUCGAUGUUGAAAAGACACAAACCGCUACAUCGCGCUGGUCCCGGGCGAGGACACGAGCUGCAAAGGUCGGGAAAGGCUUAUCCAAGGAUGAGAAUGCUCAAAAACUAGCUCUACAACACUGGCUUGAAGCAAUUGAUCCCCGGCACCGCUAUGGACACAACUUGCAUUUUUACUACGAUGUUUGGUUUGACAGCAAGAGCACACAACCUUUCUUUUACUGGUUAGAUAUUGGUGAUGGGAAAAAGGUAAAUCUUGAGAAGUGCCGUAGAUCAGUUCUAUACAAGCAAUGCAUACAGUAUCUAGGACCAAAAGAGAGGGAGGAGUACCUGGUGGUUGUGGAGGAUGGAAAGCUUAUCUACAAGCAAAGCAGAGUGCCCAUCAACACAGUUGAAGAUUCCAAGUUGAUUUUUGUACUCAGUACCACUAGAGAUUUGUAUGUGGGGCUGAAGAAGAAAGGCCGUUUCCAGCACUCCAGCUUCCUGUCUGGAGGGGCUAUAACAGCGGCCGGGCGAUUGGUCGCCGUCGAGGGAGUUCUCAAGGCUAUAUGGCCAUACAGUGGACAUUACCUUCCAACAGAGAACAAUUUCAAGGAGUUCAUCAAUUUCCUCGAAGAACACUCAGUAGACUUGACCAAUGUUAAGAGGUGUUCAGUAGAUGACGACAGCUACUCAGACAAAGACAUGGUCAAAGAAACAUCAACAGCAACAUCGUCAGAAGACAUGGUUGUAGAGGAUGUCGAUUUGGAAAUACCAGUCAAGUUGGUUAGCACACUUGAGCGGCAAGAGAAUCCAGGUAGCAGAAUAGAGGCACCAUUGAUAGAUGUACCAAAGCGCUUGCUGUGCAGAUGGAGCAGUGGAGUUGGCCCCAGAAUUGGAUGUGUGAAGGAGUACCCAGCAGAGUUGCAAGCACGAGCAUUUGAGCAAGUGAACUUGUCACCAAGACCCACACCGGGUUUCUUCGGCAGCUCUGUUCCGAUACCUUCGCCUCGGCCUAGCCCGAAGAUUAGGAUGUCUCCCAGACUCUCAUACAUGGGGAUCCCGAGCCCAAGGGUGCCUGUGACAGCCACCAUCUAAGGUUCAGGCUCCUGCCUCUGCAGCCCCACAACAAAUACUCUUAUUUGGCUCAGCAUUUCAUGUAAAUGAUACUCAUCUUUGUUCUUUCUGCCUGUAAUGACUUGAAAGUACAUCUUUGUUCUCUAUGUAGAUUUUCUUUCUUCCACUUGAGAAUAUAAACAUGUGAUUCUUCCUUCUUCUGUCA